AUGAAAACCUUCUAUCUUUUUCUCAUUUACAUAGCUUAUCUCCUUGGACUUACGCGAAUAUUCCAAUUGACCGAACGAGAAGCCGAGGAAAAAUUAUGCAGGGAGUCGAGAGAAAAAGUGGUGAAAUACAAACGAGAACUGGCAAUCAGCAGUUUCUACGAAUUCGGCUACAACAAGCGACUUUGCAACGUGCUUGAAAAGCGGCUUCAGUCUGGGAAAAAAUUCUCUUUGGCCUUUUUGAAGGAAGGUUUUACCGCACUAGUGAAGCAAAAUUGCACUGAAGAUGCAAUUAACCAGCUCAAUAUGGAAGCUCGCAAAAGAAAACUCAAUCGUCAAUGGGGCAAGGAAUGGUCAAAAGCGCUUCGGCCGACGAAUUUGAGCUUGUUCAGAGAUGAAGAAUUCAACCUUUCCGGGACUUAUAUUAAAAACCUUCUUACUGAUGUGGUUAUGUUGAGCUUCGAGUCCUACCCAAAUAUGAUCUAUAAUUGCUUCGAGGGAGAAAAGUGGUCCUUCGACCAAACAUUCGUCUAUGUCGGCUCAGUGGCAACCACGAUUGGGUUCGGAAAUGUCACUCCGAAAACGCAACGCGGCAAGAUCUUGACUAUGUUUGUUGCGGGCAUCAGCAUCCCGCUUUUUGGUAUUCUCUGCAGCAAAAUUAAUAAACAAGUUGACAAGGGAAUCAUUAAACUGCAGAAAUGGAUCAAGAAACGAAGCUCAAACUAUGCGAAAAAGGACUUCAUCGAGCGCGUUUUUCACAAACGAACAAUUAUGCUACUAUAUUUUACGAGCGGCAUAUGUUUGUUCGUCGUCUUACCAUCCUUUCUCUUUCGAUACAUGGAAGGUUGGACCUAUCUAGAUUCGGCAUAUUUCUCGAUCAUCACAAUAACAAAGAUCGGUUUUGGUGACUACAUUCCGCGAAUGGUCCCGCCCGACUUUGCUGCAGAUUACAUCUUCAAUCAACAAUGGUGCCUCAGAGCCUUUCACUUUGAACUUAACUUUCUAUUAGCACUAACAAAUCCAUCGCCACAGAGCGGCCCGACAAACCAAGAAACUGGCAUGCCUAUUGCCUGCAAUAUGACUACUUGGCCACCGCAUGUCGAGAAGAUCUUCACUCUUUAUAGAGUGCUGAUUUUCUUUUGGAUGAUUUUUGGGAUUUCUUUUUCUAUGACUAUCGUCACUUUAGUGAACCGAAGAGUCGAAAAAUACCUCCAAAAACACUUCCCCGGCGCCUUCAUCGCCGAACAGAAAGAAACCUCUCUGCUCCGCGUUUUCCAACAACACUCUGCGCCCAAAAUCUGGGACAGCAAUACUGGCACCCGCCAGCCACUCAAAGAAAAAACGCAAGAAGUGAAAUACGUGAAGAACAAUCUCAAGUUGAGCUAA